GUCAGUCUUUGGCUCGAGCUUGAAACAUCGGACUGCAGUCGUUGGUCUUUCUCGACCCUGAGACCCUGUCUCUCACUUGCAGCACACUACAUCAGCUUUCCAACUUCUCGUAGUCCAAGGCGAACCUUGAGACUGAACACCCUGGGAGAAACACCCUGAGAGAUUCAAACGGUCUAGAGCGUGCUCCCAGUCAAAGAUGGACUAUGCGGCCAGAUCUAUUCUGCUCACUGCCGCGGUUCUUGGCGCGUUCCAGCUAGUGAGCCGAAUCCUGCGAAAGUCUUCUCUCGACCGCAUUCCCAGUGUCGGAGUUUCCUCUGGCCCAUUUGGAUUCUACCGGGGCUCGUGGCGCUACAUCAAGGAUGCGCGGGGGAUCACAGAGGAAGGAUGCAUGCGGUAUCCCGACAAGCCUUUCAAAGUCCCGUUCGCAGACAGAUGGCUGGUCCUCGUGUCGGGACCGUCCUUCCUGGAGGAUAUCCGCAAGGCGUCGGAUAGUGAACUGUCCCAAGCCGAGGGAGCGAACGCAUUGUUGCACCUGGAGCACACUCUCGGCCACGAGCAGCAUCAAGACCCUUUCCAAGUUCCUGUCGUCCGCUCCCCAUUGACUCGUAACAUCGGAGUCUGCUUUCCGGACAUCCACGACGAGGUCGUCAAUGCCUUCACGGAUCUAGUCCCUCCCAGUGAUGAAUGGAUCAGUGUCCCGGCCAUGCAGACAGUACUCCCUAUAGUAUCGAGGAUAUCGAAUCGUUUCUUCAUUGGGCUUCAAUGCCGCAAUCCAGAACUCAUAUCGAUAACGACGCAGUUCGCUCAGCACGUAACCACUGAUGCGGCCCUGCUCCAUAUCACUCCUGGAUUUCUGCGCAACGCCGUGGCCCACUUUUUCGGACAUCUGGAGUCCACGACACGCAAGACCAUGAGGCUUGUCGGGCCGCUGAUCCAACACCGAAUCGACAUGGACGAGCGUUAUGGGUCAGAAUGGCCUGCAGGGGAUCGCCCGAACGAUUUGAUCAGCUGGCUUCUUGACGAGACGCGGGAUCAGCCCCGCCGGCGCAAUGUCCGGACACUCACUCACACCCUGCUCAAUGUUAAUUUCGGGGCCAUCCAUACCACGACGCAGGGUUUUCUGCAUGCGCUGUACACGAUUGCCAGCCACCUCGAAUUUGUGCCACCUCUACGCGAGGAAAUAGAAGCUGUUGUGCAGGCGGAAGGUUGGACGAAGGCUGCGCUCGCUAAGAUGGUCAAGCUGGACAGCUUUAUGAAGGAAUGCGCUCGCUUCACUCCCGGGGGCGUCGGUACGUUACCCUAGCGAAAUCAAUUGUCCGGUGCCGCACCGCUGAUUUUCGCCAGUGGCACUGCUUCGUCAGACUGUCAAGGACUUUGCGUUUUCGGACGGGACGGUUGUGCCCUCUGGGACGCUGAUCGGAGUUCCGGUUAUGCAGGAGCAUUACAAGGCGACGAACUACACGGACGGGCAUAUCUUUGACCCAUUUCGCUUUUCCCGUCUGAGAACGGAAGCGGGCGAAAGCGUGAAGCAUCAUAUGGUCACUCCUCGGGCCGACUUUCUGACUUUUGGGCUGGGUCGACAUGCAUGUCCCGGAAGAUUCUUCGCGGUCAACGAGCAGAAGCUGCUGAUGGCGCAUAUGCUGGUAACCUACGAUGUCAAGCUCCGGGAUGGCAAGCGGCCGGAAGAUGAAUGGAUGUUUGUCGCAGGGGCUGCGAAUUCCACGGCAGAGGUUAUGUUUCGUAAACGCCAAGUUUAGCUAUGUUACUGUACAGGCGGGAAAUCGUAUCUUCUUGAGGUCUGGAUGAAACACGACGAAGUCAUGAUCACCCUCAAUCACCGAGUGGAGUUAACACACUGGCUCCAUUCUCGACCCGUGCAUGCUUGGACGGAAAGACCAACUCGAGCACGACCCGCGCGCAGUAUUCGCCACACCAAACGCGAUGCCUUUCCGCUCCCGCCGGAAAUAGCCGCGAUCAUUUUGUUAUCUACCGCCAUCUCCCGCGAGUCAGUUGCCCGGCUUUCCGAUAUGAAGUUCAGCGCCUAGUCUCUCGUGAAGUCUGUCUAAUAGAUAACUGAAUAUUGCACGAUCUGAAGGCCGGUGCCGCGCAGGGAACAAGAGUCCCUAGCCUUCUCGAACAUGAGGCUGUCCGCUCGUUGGAUCGUCCAGCGAGCAUCGGUUUUUACGCGUACUGCCCCAAAUCUCUUCUCGCGUUCCAAAUCCGCAGCAACAUCCCAAAGAUGACAAUCCAUAUCGUCGCCGAAGACCGGGCUGGAGCUCAGUCGCUCCUACUCGCGGAUGGAUCUGAAUCAUGUACCUGCGAGCUUCCUUCCAGGGUGCUGCGGAAGGCCGCCGCUGGGAGCCGUUACUCCAACUGGAAAUCGAGCUGCAGAGAUAUUCUGGCACCGCGCUAGCUCGCGGUCAGUAUGCGAUGCUUCUGGUUGGCUGCGAACUUGCAAGAGAUUCGGCCUUUCCCUCCGUCGGAGCGAAACCCGACCAUCGAUUGUCG